AAAAGAGUAAACCGCCUACUGCUGUCUCCCAGCAAGACACUAUUGGAAAUAGUACAAUAUCUAUUUGAAGCACGAUCUGCUGCAGACAUUCAUCGUUUGCACAGCAAGGAUGGCGGAACCCCAUGGAAUCCUGAUAAAGGGAGGCAAAGUCGUGAAUGAAGAUGUCUCUGUGAUCAGUGACGUUUAUAUAGAAAAUGGGAAAAUAGCAGACGUUGGGCUGAAUCUUCAUGUUCCAGAUGGAGUGAGAGUCAUUGACGCUAGUGGUAAACUGGUGAUACCAGGUGGCAUUGACCCGCAUACACACAUGGAGCUGGCGUUCAUGGGCACCAGGUCUGUGGAUGACUUCCAUAUUGGAACACAGGCUGCCUUAGCAGGAGGGACCACAAUGAUUGUGGACUUUGUCAUCCCCCAAAAAGGCAAGUCUCUUGUGGAGGCCUACAACACUUGGCGCAAGGCGGCAGACAGCAAAGUGUGCUCUGACUACUCACUGCAUAUGGCUGUCACAUGGUGGAGUGACCAGGUGAAGCAAGAAAUGGAGGUUAUUGCCAAAGAGCGAGGAGUCAAUUCCUUCAAGAUGUUUAUGGCUUACAAAGGCUUGUACAUGCUGCAGGAUUCUGAACUCUAUGCUGCUUUUUCCCAAUGUAAGGCCAUUGGUGCAAUAGCUCAAGUGCAUGCAGAGAAUGGAGACCUGAUUGCUGAGGGGGCAAAGAAGAUGCUGUCAAUGGGCAUCACUGGACCUGAAGGUCAUGAACUAUGUAGGCCGGAGGAGGUCGAGGCUGAGGCCACCCAGAGAGCCAUCACCAUUGCCAGCGCUGUCAAUUGCCCUCUCUAUGUGGUACAUGUCAUGAGCAAAUCUGCAGCCAAGGUGGUCGGCGAUGCACGCAGAAAUGGGCAUGUGGUCUUUGGGGAGCCCAUUGCAGCUGGCCUGGGAACGGAUGGGACUCACUAUUGGCACAAGGACUGGGCCCAUGCAGCCUCAUUUGUCAUGGGACCUCCCCUUAGGCCUGAUCCCAGCACCCCUGGUUACCUCAUGGACCUGUUGGCCAAUGAUGACCUCAGCGUGACGGGCACUGACAACUGUACCUUCUCAGUUUGUCAGAAGGCACUCGGAAAAGACGACUUCACCAAGAUCCCGAAUGGGGUGAAUGGCGUGGAAGACAGGAUGUCCGUCAUUUGGGAGAAGGGAGUGCACAGUGGCAAAAUGGAUGAGAAUCGAUUUGUAGCUGUCACCAGCAGCAAUGCGGCGAAAAUAUUCAACUUCUACCCUCAAAAAGGCCGCAUCGCCAAGAAUUCAGAUGCUGAUGUGGUUAUUUGGGAUCCCAAGUUGACAAGAAAAAUUUCAGCCAAGACGCACCACCAGGCUGUGGACUACAACAUCUUUGAGGGCAUGGAGUGUCAUGGAGUAGCAGUGAUCACUAUUUCCAGGGGCAAAGUAGUCUACGAGGACGGACAGCUGAAGACAACGCCUGGCUCUGGCAGAUUUAUCCACAGAGAACCCUUUUCUGAGUAUGUCUACAAGCGAAUCAAGCAGAGGGACGAGGUGGGCCAACCUACAGCUGUGAUCAGAAAGCCAUAUGACGGAAAAGUCAUUUCUGUAAGCCACUAAAUGAAAGCCAGUUGAGUCUCCAGCUGUGUCUUUGCGCACACACCGUCAGUGGCUAAACAAGUCCACAUUUUCUCUAUGACAUAUGUAACAAUAGUUUAACAUUUAUAUGCAGUGCUGUAUAUCAUCAUUACGUGUUGUCAUUUUUAUUCAUCUAUACCAGGGGUCGGCAACCUGAAAUGUUGAAAGAGCCAUAUUGGACCAAAAAAAACAAACCUAAAUAAGCCAUAUAAUGAAGACAGCACAUGUUGUAUGUAUGCUAUCUAUAUUGGUUAUAUUAGCCUACUAUCAAAAUGACUGAGGUGGCUACAAAUAUGUAAUGAGCCUUCAUGAUUACCAUAUUUUCCACACUAUAAGGCGCACCUAAAAGCCUUCAAUUUUCUCAAAAGCCGAAUAUGCACCGUAUAAUCCAAUGCACCUUAAAUAUGGAUCAAUAUUGGUUAACCAUGGCAUGACAUUCCAUGCACAGCUCCAUCUAGUGGAUGCAUAACACAACCCCAACCACUAAUAAUAUAAAAGGUAUAUAAAAGAUGCGGCUUAUACGGAGAUGCGCCUUAUAGUGCAGGAAAUAUGGUAACGCCACGUUAGUACUCUCUUGUACGAUGCUGCCUCAACUUUAACUUCUUUACAAUAUUAACCCUUUAACACCUACGCCUAUUUUGCAUACCUUUGAUGUUGCCUUUAUAUUUCAAAGAAAAAAAUGUUCACAUUGGCCAGGUUGGGUCCCUUUUUUCAGGACACCUUGAACUUCAUGUCCAAACUGUUGUUUUCUUGACUGACCAAUUAUAAUAAACAUUUUAGACCCAAAAAGACAAAAAAAAAUCCCAAAAUCUUUUUUCAAAAUUUGUAAUGUUGAUGUUCCAUUGACAACCAAACAUGCUUGACCAACAGUUUUGAAACUUGAUAAUAUUUAUUCAACUUGUUAGGAUAAACAUUCAAUAGAAAAAAAUAAGAUUAAAUAAUUUUAUGUUUGACAAUUCAACACAAACAGCAGGUAGGUCAUAGGCGUUUUUGGCCUUUACACAUACUAUGGUCAAAACAGGUUAUACACAGUGCAAAAUAGUGAGAAAAAUAUACUGUAUAUAUGUAUAUAUAUCAUCUAACACAAAAGGGUUUGGAGGAUAUCUCUUUGUGAGGUUAGGUAUUGUACCCUUCAUCUUAUCAUAAGUAUAUACGUACAUCCAAUCAAGCUUCUCGAACACAUAUCUAUAUGAAAAAACGCAGGUGACUUGAAGUUCCGCUCUGAGACCCCCAAUUGGUCCAAAUUUCAAAAUUGUCAGAUAUGCACGUGUGAUACAUCAUUGGAAAGCUUAAAAUUUCAAUUUUCUGGGGGAAGAAAAAAUUUGGACAGGAGGGCAUUUAAAAAAAAAAAAAAAAAAAAAAAGUUUUUUAAACAGCAAAACCCUAUCUGGAGGUGAGAGCACCUGAGAGCAGAAUUACAGACGCCAUGCCUUUAAUGAGAUACUAUCACCUACUUACCUUGUUUCGAUCCAAAAACUCCAUGUCGUAUGUAUCACUGAGUGUCAAGACACAGCUGUGAAUGGCCACAGAUGGAUGUUUUAGGGAUUUUAUGGGUGAAACAUGGUAAUAUAACGAGGGUCGCGAUGCAGAAAUCGCAGACAUCAAGGAUUGUCUUUUUCAUAUAUUUACCCUUUUAAACUUUUUUUUUUUUUUUCCAAUUUUUCUUUGUUUGGAUCGAUUGUUUAUCAUCUAACAUAUUGGGGAAAAUGUGACAGUAACAAGAAAAAUACAAUUUAGCGAUAGUUAAGAGGUAGAUAUCCGUGACUUUUUUUACAGACGCCAUUUUUUUUCAAAUAUGGCUCAUCCUCUUCCUUGAGUUAAUGAAAUAAUGCAUUAGCUUACACUAAAUUUAGUUUUCUAUUAAUUACGCACCUAUCAAAGUUGGUCGCUCAAUCAAACCAGCCGUUGCUCGCUUCGCAUGCUUACCUUUCCUUAGUUGGCGUCUCGCUCGGCAAUUUAUUAAAACAUUUCAUAUUAGGUUCGUCUUUCUUGACCUCUUGGGAUAUGUAGUCUUUUGUGCUGCUUUCAGUUUUGAAAAAGGACAAGAAAUGAUGGAAAUAUGGAGAUAAACACAUGGUCCAUGCAGCGUUUUAAUGCAUAUUUAUGAGUUCAUUAAAACUAUAAAACUCAAAUGAUAUUAUAUUCCGUUUUACUUGGUCGAUUGACUUAAAAAAAAAAAACUGGUGUGGACAUCAACUUCCGCACUUUCAAAUGAGAGCAACAAGCGGCAUGUGGAUGACGUGAUUACAGCGUGACGAGGCUUCAAAGAUGAUAU